UGGGAAUGGUUGGGGAGCAUGAAAACGAAGCUGGCUUGCAUUCACAUGUGUCGACUAGGAGGCUCUAAGGAAACUAGUCAUUGACUGAUUAGAGAUAUGUGGUAUGUGGACUCCGCUCAGAACUAGAUGGGUAGCUGUUUUCAACAUGACCCCUCCUCACGUUUCCAAUGUUGGGGUCGUUUCACUCAGGGAACCACGUUGGUGGAGAAUCGAAACCACUCUUGGAGACGCAAAGGCUGAGGCUUACAGGGUGCUUAAGGUGACCGGACCAGUUGCACCCCUCACAUGUCGUAGUGUGCAUUUUCAUGUCGUCACAUGUCUUCAGGUCAUCAUCACCUCGGACCGGGACCGUCAGACCCUGGCCGCGGUCACAGAGGACUUGCCCGUGUACCUGGCGCCCGAGGGCUGUUGCAUCAUGCGGCGCCCAGGGGAGACCGAGGAAUGGAUCCAUCUGGUGGAGGACAGCGAUGUUGAGGGCCGAGAGGAGUGGAUGGACGGAGUCAAUGCUGUCUUCAACUACUUCGCGGAGCGUACGCCGGGCUCCUACAUCGAGAAGCAAGAAUACAUGUACCGCUGGAGCUGGGACAAUGCGCAGUUUGACUUCGGCUCCGCGCAAGCGCGCGAGGUGCUUAUCCACCUUUGGGCGGGGCCCUUGGUGAACAGUGAGGCUGAGGUGGUCGUCGGCGACCGUGCGAUCACUGUGCGGCCCCAUGCGUGCUCGCGGGGCGCCUGCCUGGAGAAGUUGCUGAGUAACGAGCUGAACGGUCUUCAGCAGGUAGACUUCGCCUUGUGCUUUGCCGUGGUCUCCCACCGCGACGAGGACGUCUUUGAGACCGUAGAGGCCUUCUUCGAGGAGUCUAUGGCCUCUGACUUUGGAUAUGCCAGUGCUGGAGAUGGAGAUGCAACUGCAAGUGGCUUAGCGACGGGCUUGAUGAGCCUUUGCUCCUCCCCACGCUCCUCGGCCGAUGGCCGGGCCGGCUCCUCUGUGCUGCAGACGCCCACGGGGCCAGCGCCAGAGGUGCAGCCAGGAGAGGAACCACCACCCUAUGACUGGGUCCCUACCGCACAGCGGGAAAGGGAGGAACAGCAACGCCAGGAGAGCGACCUGCCCGCCGUCUCUGCACCUGAUGGUGAUGCCCAACCGCACCGCCAGCUCUCCGGUGAUCUGGAAGAGGAGAAAACGCCCAGCGCAUCUGCUGACUGGAACGACCUGCGACGCUAUGCGUCCUGCUACACCAUGUCACUUGGCAUGAAGAAGACCAAGGCGCAGUACGCCCUUCCCCAUCCGUAUCAUGUACAAAACUUGAUUCGAGCGAUGGCGGCCAGGCUGCCGCAAGUUUAGGCUGCCAGGUCCAUCUUGGUGGCUUCUGUGAGGGCGCUGCCUGCGUUAAAAUGUGCACUUGGAUGCAUGACCAUCUUCAUACAAUGACUG